AUGAAAGACUUAUUCUUCGCAGACAUCAACAGGGCUCUCCUCCUGAGACACUACGACAACAAACUGCUAUUGGUCAGCGGAAACAAAAUAAAAUUUUAUACAUACGAGGAAAUAAAAAAGGUGGUUCGCGCACAAAAUAUUGCCAUCUACGGCGUCGAUUAUAUAAAUAAAAAUGAAAAAAUUGUGUAUAUUUCGAAUAACGUAAAGUUAAAGUGCCCCCUCAGAAUUAGUGAAGCCCGUUUUGGAGGAACGGGCAUCCGCUCGUUCAACAAUGAUAAUGGCAUAGCUACAGAAGGGAAAAGGGACCAAAUCAGUCAGAUUGGCAACCCACCUGCAGAAAUUCCAACCUCGCAGAACUCACAUGAGAGUAACCCCAACAAUGCUGAUUCGUGUAAUGGUGCCCCACAUAGUGAUAACCUUCCCAAUGGAGUCGCAACAACUACCGGAGAAUCGCGCAGCGCUAGCAAUAUGUUAGCGGAUGACCACGGAAUGAAAGGGGACACCUCCAAGGCUGCAACAAACCACGUCUGCAUCGCCUUUGAACACGGAAAUGUGUGUAUCUUCUCAGAAGACGAAACUAUCAAGGAGUUCAUUUACGAAAAAUUAAUAUAUAGGAAAGUAUGCGACAUCGUUAAAAUGGAAAUGUUCCAAAUUAAUAACAAUCUGAACUGCUUAAUUCUUUACAGGGAUUACACCUUAAUUUUGUACAGGGACAGGUACCUCAGUUCUAUUAAGCUCCCGACGCAUGAGUAUGCGUAUAAUUUCUGCCUGAGCACGAACUAUCAAAAUAUCGCCGUCUUCAACCACAUCAAUAUGUACAUAUAUGACAUUUCGAAGAAGGAUCUUUGUAUGGACGGCAAGCAGGAUACGAAGGCAGAGGGGGGAACACAGGAGUCAAGUGGAGUGAAGGACACUGGAGAGAGUUGCAACAACGGGGGAAGCAGCAACAACGGGGGCAGCGGCGACAACCGGGGUAGAGGCGACAACCGGGGUAGAGGCGACAACCGGGGUAGCGGCGACAAUGGUGAUAGGAGUUGUAACAGCGGAGACGCCACCGCAAACAACUGUGUCGAGGUGAAGAACAUCUUCGAGCUUUCGAAGAAUUACAAAAAUAUUCUGAAUUGCGACUGGCAUCCAAAAAACCACUGCAUCUCCCUGUGUGGGAAAAAGGCCGUGCGGUACCUAACCAUAUACAACUACAAGGUGUACGAAUUUUCUGGAGCAGAAAUUCACGAGUCUUUUAUCAACGCCAGCAAGUUCAUCACCAUUUCGGACAACGUAAUUUUACUGACUACAUUAAGUUGCGCCGAUUACCUUUUUUGCGUGUGGGAAUUCGAACUGGAGUACUGCCUCUACAAAUUUAAGAGCGAGUAUCUUAUUUCCCACUUUGAUCUGUCCUAUUUCAAUGACCAUCUUCAUAUGUCAAUGCUAGCCCAGGAGAAGCACUUAGCCAACGUAAAACUGCUGGGGGAAAAAAUCUUGCAAAAAAUCGAGUGGAACGAUUCUGAAAAGGAGGCAAGUAGCGCUGAAGAGGAAUACCAAAAUGAUGAUUCCAACUGGGAGCGUUCCACUGCUGGAAAACCAAUUCAUCAGAAGCAAACCAUAAACAACAUUGCUGAUAUUUUGAAAGACAACAAUAACUACCACAUGGAGAGGAAGAAAAAACUUAGAGUGAAGAGCACGUCGACAUUUCUAAAUCAGCGAAAUAAAAUUAGUAACGAGUUACACACAGGCAGUAAUGAUAAGCGAAGGAUUAUCGAUUCAUAUUCGGACGAACUGUACCUUCAUUUGAAUAACGUAAAAAAGAGGAAAAAGAAAAUAUUCACGGAUGACGAUGGAGAAAGCAAAGACACCUUUAUCAACAUGUCACAUAAGAAAGUUGCACGGGAUCGAGAUGGAGAUGCGCAAAACAAGAGGGAAGACAAGGCGGAUGAGUACUACGAAGGUAGGAAGGCAGACAGAAACAGCGACUACCAGUACAAUAGUGACGAAAAUGAGAAACAUAUUUCGAAUAAUAAAAAGAGACACACAAACCGAGAUGAAGAAGACAAUGAGUACAAUCCGAAGGUAUACAAUUUACAAGAUUUUAUAAACAAAAAUAAAGAUGUCAUAAGGAAUAGAACUAAAGGAGGACGCCAUGCCGACCCACUUUUUGCAGACAGAAAUUAUUUGUUCGAUAAUGAAGAUGACCAGAAAAGCGUAACCGGAUUUAAUACCUACGUUAAGGACAAAUUUGAUCAACUGAGACAACUAAAAAAUCAAGUAGAUUUGCUGCAAAAGGAGAUUAAUGGUUAUACAAAAAUUAAUCAUGACGAUUUUAUUGUACUAUGUCCAGGGUUAUGUGAAGAACCAGAAAAUAUAAAUGAUCAGUGGUGUAUGUUCUGGAAUGAUAUAGGACAUAUAACAAAGAAAAAAGAAGGAAACAAGACCUACAUUUAUUUAUACCUCUUCAGAGGGGAAGAUGUUGGGAAGAAAAAAAUCACCGAUAUUUACAACGUAACGUCUGCAUCACUAAGUGCCUACGGAUUUGCUUUAGCAUCCAACCCCUACGAAAAAUCCUUCUCAAAAAUUAACAGCAUAUUAUGUUUUCACAAUCUGAGGGAUAAUGUCAUUUGGAACAAAUACCUACCAAAUGAUGAGUUCAUAAAAGGAGUAGCCAACGGAAAUAACUUCGUCGCCAUUGUCACAUCUAGUAAUUUUCUUAGAGUCUAUUCUACCUAUGGAUAUAUAAUCAGCACCUUUCUCUUGAAGGGUUUACCUGUAGCUCUCUGUGCAUAUGAGCACCUCCUUUUUGUGAUCACCUGUCAAUAUAUUUUUGAAGAUGUCUCCACAUAUAACAUAAACAACACAUAUCAUUGUACCCUCUACAAAGUAAAUGAAAAUUUUACCAACUUGAAAUCCAACAAAUACAACACAUAUCACAUAACGAUACUGUACGAUGAUGUUUUGUCUCUCCCUUCAUGUCAUUAUUUGAAUUGGGUCAACAUAUCCAACUUUGGCAUUCCAUACGUUAGGGACACAUCCAACUUUAUAUAUGGAUUAUACCCUCUUUUUAAGAACAGCACCAACCAUAUUGUGUAUGAUUGGGUCCCAGUUUUCGAUUUCAACAAUUUGAAUAAAAUAGAACCGACGGAAAGGAGGACUGCUGGACAAAACGUAAAACAUCUCCAUGGAAACAUGAAAGGUAGUAGCAAAAACACUGCUACUGACGAAGGACAGGAUCCAGGUGAGAAAGGACAAAAUGAACAAGACAUGAAUGAUGAUAACCCCGAUGAUGAUCUCCUUACCUACAGAGAAUGCAACUACUACCCUCUCUAUUUUGACAGUUAUGAACAAAUCUCCGUUAUCAAAUUAAAUAAAAAUGAAAUCGAACCUAGGUCGAACAAGAUAGAAAGCUGUCUAGGUUACAACGUAGAGAAGAAAUACAUCCUUACCAACGAAUGCAACCUAAUUAAGUAUGAAAGAUUUGUUAAGUUGAUACAAACCAAUCCGAACCUCUCCCUAGACAACGAUUCUAACAAUAGCGACUUUACUUCCUUACCUUGGGAGCAGUACGACGAAUUGCGCUGUAGAGUCGACCUAUUCUGCAAACAGCUAUUUGCGAACAUACACUAUGACUACAUGAAUGAUGGCAAAAAUAAAAGUGCCAGUGAUACCCUAAAAUCGCUAAACAAAUUAUACGAUAAGUGGAUUAUGCGAAUGUUUGCUAUACUCAAAAAUGAUAAAAAAAAUCAAAAACUAGCUGUCAAGACGUCUAGGUUAUUCAAAAAUAUUAAAAAUAUGAUGCUGUCUAUAAGUCUCGUGGAUGACGAAUACAGCACGCUGCACAGCGAAAUUACAAACGAAUAUUUAAAAAGACAAAUCAAAGAUGAAAGCUACAAAAAUUUUGAACAAAAUUUACAUUACGAUGAAGAUUAUAAAGACGACGAGCAGAAACGCAAAGAAAUAUACGAAAAGUGUUACAACAAUAAUCACCACAUGUCUGAGGAUGAGAAAAAAAACCUCCCCGACAUUAAACAAACGAACCAACAGUACAUCAAUGUCGCCAAGACGCAGGGCGACCAUAAGGAGAGAAAGGAAAGUGGCUUCCUCGAUAAAUUCUUUACAGGUGUAACGAAAAAUCAAAGUGUGGACAACCUCUUCUCGCAGGAAAAAAAAACCACCCAAAUUAAGAAAAAGAACACCUUGGAGAGUUUCUUCUCCGAGCUGAAGGAGAACUGA